AUGCUGUUGUUCAUCUGGAAUUUCCCCUGGUUGCUUACCUGUGCGAUCCAUCUGAAACGUUCUUGUGACGAAAGAAAACGGAUAAGAAACAAGAAAAGAGUAAAAGAGACGCAAACAGAAACAGAAAGCAUUGGAAAACGGAAUCAAGGAACAUGGGACAACAGAGUGGAGUAUAUACUGUCACUGUCUGGUUAUACAACAGGUAGUUCUGACUUCUGGAGGUUUCCCUACCUUAUCUGGAGAUAUGGAGGAGGAACCUUUAUUCUGGCCUUCAUCUUCAGUGCUGCAGUUGUAGCUGUUCCUGUCUACUACCUAGAAGUAACUGUCGCACAGUUCUCAGGUCGGGGCAUGUUCGACGUGUGGGAAAUAUCACCUAUCAUGAAAGGAUUAGGAAUAGGGAUGUUCAUCAUCAAUUUUGAAUAUCUCAUCAUAGCACCCACCUUCCGACUGUGGAUUAUGCAGUAUAUCGGAUAUAGCUUCAUGUCUCCGUUGCCAUGGAAACGAUGCGACAAUCCAUGGAAUACCCCAGCUUGUGUGGAUCUUUAUAUCACUCUGCCAGCAAAUUCAACACAGAAUAUAUCACAGGGCGAAAUAUCGGCACACAAUGUGUCGUCAGCAAUUACAGCACCUCCAGUGCUAGCAGAAGAGGAGUUUUUCCUACACAAGAUACUACAAGUUUCGGGUUCCGUGUAUGAUUUAGGAACAUUUCGAUGGGAUUUGUGCCUCUGCUUACUGGUGUUCACGACUCUUUGCGCUGCCAGUGUGAUAAAGGACGUAAAGUCUAUUGGGAAGGUUAUGUACGUGGUAACGAUUUUACCCCUCCUGUUGUUGCUUGUAAUAUUUGUACGGACUCUUCUUGCACCAGGGUCCGGGGCUGGAAUGCGAUAUUUCCUGACACCGGAUAUCACGAAACUCUGGGAUCUAGAGCUGUGGGUCCAGGCCGGUUUUGCCGCUGCAUUCUCCCUCUGUACAGCUAAUGGUGGUAAUAUAGAGAUUGGGAGUCGGGCUAGAUUCCGGACAAACUUGAUAAGCGCUACCGUCGCCCCGUGUGUUAUGGACGUGUUUGGUAGUAUCUUCACCAGCAUGGUCAUCUAUUCUGUUAUCGGGGUAAUGGCACACGAGAGUGGCAUGCCGCUCGGAGAAUCACUAUUUGCAGGCAACUCGGCAGCUUUUGUUGCCUUUACCAGGGCCUUUUCCUUCUUCCCGUUGCCCAACCUUUGGCUGGUGAUAUUCUUUCUUGCAUUUCUGGUGGCAACAUCGGAUAUCAUGAUAAUGUAUGACGUAAUUCUGAAACGAAGCCUUCAAAAGUAUGUUCCUGGUCUCAAAAACAGACCAAAGACUGCAUUUGUCGUCAUGUUUGUCAUCGCCUUCCUGGUCAAUCUCCCUUUCUGUUCACAGGCUGGAGCUUACAUGUACCAGAUCAUCGGUUGGUACGCCGCAUCCAUGGGCGUCUUUGUGAUGGCCAGUCUAGAAUGCAUCAUUUUUAUGUGGAUUUAUGGGGGACACAUGUUAGACGAAAACAUCAGAUUGAUGAAUGGGAGGACGAUGCCUAAUAUUAUACGAUUUGCGGCGGCAUUCAUUUGUCCGGUCCUCUUCAUUGUGUUCCUGGUACUCGGUAUUGUUCGGUACAAACCUCCAGUAUUUGGAAGCUACCACUAUCCGAGAGCCAUGGAAGGAAUCGGCAUUCUGAUCAGUUUGUUACCCAUGGUACCCCUGAUUGUCUGUGCUUGUUUAAGUCUGUACAGAAACAGAAAAACUGCACUUACCAAAAAGGGCCUAGGAAAGUUGUUCCAGCCAAGUGUUUUGUGGGGGCCAUGUGACGCAGAGGUCAUCGAUGAGUACCAGAAAGUUGCAGCGAAACCAAUGAGCUGGUCACAAACGGCUUACUAUAACCUUACUGGUAGACAAAGAGAGAAAGCGCACGCAGAGACAACUGAGCAGGCGUGCGUCAUGACGAAGAUGAUUUAA